UCCGAUGUUUCAGGAUUGAUCCGUUUACCGACCGACGUCGAUGACAGUGACGGGGUUUGCGCACGAGUUGCGAAGCCGGCGUCGUGUCCGGUCAGCUGCUUUAGUACGGAACCUGUCUGCGGUGUCGAUGGCGUUACCUACUGGUGCGGUUGUGCCGAUGCUAUGUGUGCCGGCACUCGCGUUGCAAAAUUAGGGUUUUGUGAGGUUGGCAACGCCGGCAGUGCUUCAUUACCAGGUCAGGCGCUGCUUCUGGUGCAUAUUGUUUGGCUGAUCUUGCUCGGUUUCUUCGUGUUGUGUGGUCUUUUUUGAUUGUAAAAGAUGGAAGAGAUUUGUAUUCUACGGCUGAGAUUCUUCUGUGAUGAUUGUUAUAUCUUGUAUACAUUCAUUCUUUUGUAAUUCUUUCAAUUCUGAUAUAUAAAUUUCUAUUAUUUGG